AUUUCAAGUCCAGCUGGAUGCUGAAAUUGCCUCCAUUUUAACAGGUCAACGAGACUUUGUAAUUUCGGUGUUUGUCAACGGUUUAAUCUGCAAGUUACGGGAAAAUGUCAGUCUUUCAGAAAAUUGCGGACAUAGAGGCCGAAAUGGCCAGAACCCAAAAGAACAAGGCCACAAAUUUCCAUUUGGGUCUCCUAAAGGCAAAGCUCUCCAAGCUUAGAGCCCAGCUCAUCGAAGGAGGCGGAGGAAAAGGAGGAGGUGCGGGAGAAGGUUUUGACGUCUCCAAAACCGGUGAUGCCAGAGUCGGUUUGGUCGGAUUUCCGUCCGUGGGAAAGUCCACUCUGCUCAACAAACUCACAGGGACAUUCUCCGAGGUGGCAGCCUACGAGUUUACCACUCUGACUUGUGUCCCCGGUGUUAUCAGGUACAAGGGCUCAAAGAUACAACUCUUGGAUCUUCCCGGUAUCAUUGAAGGUGCCAAGGACGGUAAGGGUCGUGGAAAACAGGUCAUUGCGGUCGCAAGGACCUGCACAUUAAUUCUGGUGGUUCUGGACUCCUCCAAAUCAAUGAACCACAAGAGGCUCUUGGAGAAGGAAAUGGAAGGCUUUGGAAUCCGCCUAAACAAAACUCCACCAAACAUCACAUUUACCAGGAAAGACAAGGGUGGAAUCUCUGUAACACAUACAGUGCCACUAAACAACGUCGACGAGGAGAUCAUAAAGUCCAUUUGUCACGAAUAUCGCAUAAGCAACGCUUCCUUUGCUAUUCGCUGCGACGCCACCGUCGAUGACAUUAUCGAUGUAAUCGAGGGGAAUCGCAUCUACAUUCCCUGUCUCUACGUAAUGAACAAGAUUGACGAAAUCACGAUUCCGGAACUAGACAUUCUCUCUCAGGUCCCUCACUACGUGCCAAUCUCUGCACAUCACGAGUGGAACCUUGACGUCCUCCUGGAGAACAUUUGGAAGUACCUUGACCUCAUUCGCAUCUACACCAAGCCCAGAGGAAAGGCUCCAGACUACGAAGCUCCUGUCAUCCUCAAGAGGAGCCACUGUCGCGUAGAAGACUUUUGCGUGAGAAUCCACAAGUCCCUGCUCUCGCAAUUCAAAUAUGCUCUCGUUUGGGGAAAAUCAGCCAAACACAACCCUCAAAAGGUCGGAAAGGACCACUUCCUAGCCGACCAGGAUAUCGUCCAAAUUGUCAAAAAGUAG